AUGACGGAGAGAGAGGAGAAAGAAGAGGCUGUUUUCCGUAUGUUCAAACAUUGCUGUAUAUGCCUUUUUUUUUGUUGUUUUUGGCCUUGUUCUUUUUACAUCAGAUUACGAUUACUAACAUGGAUGAUGAAAUACAGGUUCGGCGGAAAUGUCCUUGGUUCAACUCUAUAUCCCCACGGAAGUUGCAAGAGCGAUAAUCUACAAGGUCGGGCAGCUCAACGCCAUCGAGUUUAGAGACUUGAACUCCAAAGUCACCGAGUUUCAGAGGGCCUUUGUCAAGGAAUUGAGACGCUUGGACAAUGUCGAAAGACAGUUUCGCUUGUUCAAAAAGGAGCUCGACUAUAGAGACAUUAGCAUUAAAUUGUACCCUUACGAGUUUCUGAUCCCUCAACAAGGCGACAUUGACGAUUUGGUUGAAAACUCGCAACUCUUGGAGGACAGGGUCGUCCAAUUGACCGACUCGGUGGAGACUUUGUACCUGAAACAAACUUAUUUAAAGCAGUUUAAAUACACCAUUCUUGCAGUUGACAGGUUUUUCAACUCCCAGGGCGAGAGUGCUAUUGCAGAGGAAAGCGCUUUCUUGUCGUCGAUUGAGCAAGGACGAGACUCUGGUGAUGUUCGCUCGGCAUCCUCGUUCAUCGCCGGGACUAUAAACUCGGACAAGAUCGGAGUCCUACAACAGAUUUUGUGGAGAACAUUGAGAGGUAACAUGUACUACCAUAGCGAAGCCUUGCAAGAGGAAAUUUUCGACAUCAAGCACAAUGCAUUGGUCCCCAAAAGCUCAUUUUUGAUCUUUGCCCAUGGGUCGAUGAUUCACGAGAGAAUUCGCAAAAUUUGCGAGUCCUUGGAUGCAGAGGUUUAUAACGUGGAGGCAGCUAAUGAUGCCAGAAACAAGCAGUUGUCUCAAGUCAACAUUCAGUUGAAUGACUUGGCCACCAUUGUUACCGAGUCCGAAAAUGCACUCAACUCGGAGUUGAUCGCCAUCAGUUGCGACUUGUACAAGUGGUGGGAGGUGAUCGCCAGAGAAAAAGCCGUUUACAAAACCAUGAACUCGUGCGACUAUGACGGGUCGAGAAAGACCUUGAUUUGCGAAGGGUGGACCCCAACUGACACGAUUGGCGAUUUAACCCAAACGAUUCAAAACUACGACCAAGCGCAGUCGAUCCCCACAAUCAUCAACGUUCUCACCACAAACAAGGUGCCUCCAACUUGCAACCGUACCAAUAAAUUUACAUAUGCAUUCCAGGCCAUUUGUGACGCUUAUGGUGUUGCAAGAUACCAGGAGAUCAACCCCGGUUUACCCACAGUCAUUACAUUCCCGUUUAUGUUUGCCAUUAUGUUUGGAGACUUGGGCCACGGAUUCAUUGUGUUCCUCGCCGCUAUUGCUAUGGUUUUGAACGAAAAGAGGUUGGACGGCAUGAAGAAGGAUGAGAUCUUUGACAUGGCCUACACCGGUCGUUACAUUCUUUUGCUCAUGGGCAUAUUUUCCAUGUACACUGGAUUCAUCUACAACGAUGUAUUCUCGAAAUCAAUGUCCUUUUUCUCAAGUGGCUGGGAAUGGCCCGAGCAUUUCAAAUUGGGAGAAACCAUUCUUGCCAAGCAAGUUGGCACCUACAUUAUUGGGUUAGACCCAGCAUGGCAUGGAACUGAAAAUGCAUUGUUGUUCCUGAACUCAUAUAAGAUGAAGUUGUCAAUCUUGAUGGGGUUUAUCCACAUGACAUACUCAUAUUUCUUCUCACUUGCAAAUUUCCUUUACUUUAAUAGUAUCAUUGACAUUGUUGGUAAUUUCAUCCCAGGUUUGUUAUUCAUGCAGAGUAUAUUUGGCUACUUAUCCCUUUGUAUUGUCUACAAAUGGUCCGUGAACUGGUUUGCAAUUCAAAAACAGCCACCAGGGUUGUUGAACAUGUUGAUCUCGAUGUUUUUGUCGCCAGGUGAAGUUGCCGAGCCUCUUUACCUGGGACAGUCGCAGAUCCAAGUGGGGUUGCUUCUCAUUGCGUUGGUAUGUGUCCCUUGGUUGUUAUUGGUCAAGCCCUUGUAUUUAAAGAGAGAAAUGGAUAAAAAGGCCAAGAGUCACGGCCGCUACUCGCAAUUACCAAACGACGAAGAGCUGGGAGGAAGCAAUGAGGACACGGUUCACGGUGAUGACGAUGACGAAGACCACGAGGAGCACAACUUUGGAGAUAUAAUGAUCCACCAGGUCAUUCACACCAUUGAGUUUUGCUUAAACUGUGUUUCCCACACCGCGUCAUAUUUGCGAUUGUGGGCUCUUUCAUUGGCCCACGCUCAGUUGUCGACCGUUUUGUGGACAAUGACCAUUCAAAAAGCAUUUGGCUUGACAGGCGUGGUCGGUGUUAUUGCCACGGCCUAUUUGUUUGCCAUGUGGUUUGCACUUUCCGUUUGUAUCUUGGUUAUUAUGGAAGGUACAUCCGCAAUGUUGCACUCGUUGAGAUUGCACUGGGUCGAAAGUAUGUCCAAAUACUUUGAAGGUGGCGGAUCAUUAUACGAGCCUUUUGGAUUUGUUGGAUUGCUCGACAAUAUCUUUUAG